UUCAUUGUUGGACCUGGUGCCCUUACUUCAACAUGGCCAACAUGAUUUGGGACAAUCCAUAUUUUAUACAACCGCUUGCCUGUUACCAUUUCUGAGUGACGAUAUACUAAGUACCUUACCCUACACAAUGAUCUCCACCUUGGCGACUUUCCCUCCUUUCCUGCACAAGGACAUCACCGAAUAUCUCAGUACAUCCUUCCUGCCCAUGGCCAUCUUAGGCUCCAGAGGAAGAGAUGGGAAUGUACCCCAACAUGUGAACCUCUCGGCCUCAUCAAUGCUCAUGAUUGCAAUGCAGUACACCUCCAACCCAGUGUAUCACUGUCAGCUGCUGGAGUGUCUCAUGAAGUACAAGCAGGAGGUGUGGAAAGAUCUGUUGUAUGUCAUCGCCUAUGGACCCUCCCAGGUCAAGCCGCCAGCGGUGCAGAUGUUGUUUCAUUAUUGGCCUAACUUGAAACCCCCCGGGGCGAUCAGCGAAUACCGUGGGCUGCAGUACACAGCGUGGAAUCCCAUCCACUGCCAGCACAUAGAAUGCCACAACGCCAUCAACAAGCCUGCUGUAAAGAUGUGUAUCGAAGCUGCUCUGUCCGUGGCUCUGGGCGAUAAACCUCCCCCAUUGUACCUCUGUGAGGAGUGCAGUCAGAGGAUUGCCGGGGAUCACAGUGAAUGGCUCAUAGAUGUUCUUCUCCCUCAAGCUGAAAUUUCAGCCAUUUGUCAGAAAAAGAACUGUAGCUCUCACGUCAGGCGGGCGGUGGUGACGUGCUUUUCCGCCGGCUGCUGUGAUCGUCACGGUAACCGGCCGGUGCGCUACUGUAAACGUUGCCACUGCUACCACCAUAACCAAGAGGCGGGGGGAGCUUCCUCAUCGGAGACGCACUUAUUCCAGACGUCGCCGCCUCCUAUUAACACCAGAGAGUGCGGAGCGGAGGAGCUGGUGUGCGCAGUAGAAGCUGUAAUAAGUUUGCUGAAGGAGGCAGAGUAUCACGCGGAGCAGAGGGAGUACGAGAUGAACCGACGGAGGCAGAUGGGCUUGGCCUCCUCCCAUCAUUCUUUGGACAACACCGACUUCGAUAACAAGGAUGACGAUAAACACGACCAGCGUCUGCUCAGCCAGUUUGGAAUUUGGUUCUUGGUCAGCCUGUGCACACCGAGUGAGAACACUCCCACGGAGAGCCUUGCCCGGCUGGUCAGCAUGGUGUUCCAGUGGUUCCACUCCACGGCUUACAUGAUGGACGAUGAGGUCGGCAGCCUGGUUGAGAAGCUCAAACCUCAGUUUGUCACCAAGUGGUUGAAGACGGUCUGCGACAUUCGUUUCGACGUGAUGGUCAUGUGCCUGCUGCCCAAACCCAUGGAAUUUGCCAGGGUUGGCGGCUAUUGGGACAAAUCCUGCAGCACGGUCACCCAGCUGAAGGAAGGUCUGAAUAGAAUUUUGUGCCUUAUCCCUUAUAACGUCAUAAACCAGCCGGUCUGGGAGUGUAUCAUGCCGGAGUGGCUAGAGGCCAUCAGAACUGAGGUGCCGGACCUCCAACUCAAAGAGUUCCGAGAGGUCCUCAGUAAAAUGUUUGACAUCGAGCUGUGCCCGCUGCCCUUCUCUAUGGAAGAGAUGUUUGGGUUUAUCAGCUGCCGAUUCACCGGCUAUCCAUCCUCCGUCCAGGAACAAGCUUUACUGUGGCUACAUGUUUUGUCAGAACUCGACAUUGUGGUUCCUCUCCAGCUGUUGAUCAGCAUGUUCUCCGAUGGGGUGAACUCGGUGAAGGAGCUGGCCAAUCAGAAGAAAGUCCGUAUCACUGAGCUGUCCGGGAACAUUCCUGGAAACCGGAGUAGCAUUGCUUCAGAUCCAGGGCGUCGGGUUCUGCACAGCAUGCUGAGUCCUUUCCCGAGCCCCUUUCACAGUCCCUUCCGGAGUCCCAUGCGCAGUCCUUUCCGGAGCCCCUUUAAAAACUACGGACACCCCGUGGGAAGGACCAUCGAUUUUGACUGCGAUGAGGAGGAAAUGAACCUAAACUGCUUUAUCCUCAUGUUUGAUCUCAUAUUAAAACAGAUGGAGCUGCAGGAUGACGGCAUCACGCUGGGUUUGGAGAACAGCCUACCCAAGGACAUCAUCUCCAUCAUAAACAACGUGUUCCAGGCCCCCUGGGGGGGCUCCCACACCUGUCAGAAGGACGAGAAGGCCGUGGAGUGCAGCCUGUGCCAGUCCAGCAUCCUCUGCUACCAGAUGGCCUGCGAGCUGCUGGAGCGGUUGGCGCCCAAGGUGGAGAUACGCCUGGUGGAGCCCACGGAUAGCCUAGAGGAGAGCCUGUUAUAUUCCAGGGUAGAAUUUAUCAUCGGCAGCGGGGAAGAGGACGAGAAUCCAGCCCACAAACACGUUGAUAAUCCCGGAACUCACACCGAGACGACGGAACACGCCAACACAAUAAAUGUGAAAAACGAUACAGAUCAGAAGUUUCUCUACCAGCAGCUUCCUGUGACGCUGAAGCUCAUUUACACCAUUCUUCAGGAAAUGGCAAAGUUUGAUGAGCCGGAUAUUCUGUUCAACAUGUUGAAUUGUCUGAAGAUUUUGUGUCUGCACGGCGAGUGUCUUUACAUUGCCAAGAAGGACCAUCUUCCAUUUCUUGCCUAUAUACAGGAGCAUAUGAUGAUCUCCAGCUUGUGGCGGGUUCUGAAAUCGGAGUUCUCCCAGCUUUCUUCUCUGGCGGUGCCGCUGCUCCUCCAUGCUCUAUCUCUGCCAUAUGGCGCAGAUAUCUUCUGGACGAUUAUAAACUCCAACUUCAACAGCAAGGACUGGAAGAUGAGGUUUGAAGCAGUUGAGAAGGUUGCUGUGCUCUGUCGGUUUCUGGACAUCCACUCACUCACAAAGAACCACUUGUUGAAAUAUUCGCUGGCCCACUCUUUUUGCUGCUUCCUGACUGCUGUGGAAGACGUCAACCCAGCUGUGGCCACACGAGCUGGACUACUGCUGGACACCAUCAAGCGGCCCGCCUUGCAGGGUCUCUGCCUCUGCCUGGACUUCCAGUUUGACACCGUGGUGAAGGACCGGCCGACCAUUCUCAGCAAGCUUCUUCUCCUCCACUUCCUGAAGCAGGACAUUCCGGCAUUGAGCUGGGAAUUCUUCGUAAACAGAUUUGACACAUUGUCCCUGGAAGCUCAGCUUCACCUGGACUGCAACAAGGAGUUCCCUUUCCCUACAACAAUCACAGCUGUGAGGACAAACGUGGCCAACCUCAGUGAUGCUGCCAUUUGGAAAAUCAAAAGAGCGCGGUUUGCACGCAACAGGCAGAAGAGUGUGCGGUCCCUCAGAGACAGCGUCAAAGGUGCCACAGAGUCGAAGAGGGCCCUGUCAUUGCCAGAGACUCUCAGCACCAAAAUUCGACAACAUUCACCAGAAAACGAUAACAUCAUUAAGGACCCUCUCCCGGAAGACGCAGGGAUUGACCAUCAGACGGUCCACCAGUUGAUAUCCGUCCUCAUGAAAUUCAUGGCCAAAGACAAGAGCAGCGCGGAGGCCGACAUCAGCAGCGCCAAAGCGUUUAACACUGUGAAGCGACAUCUGUAUGUGUUGUUGGGUUUUGACCAGCAAGAGGGCUGCUUCAUGAUCGCGCCUCAGAAAAUGCGCACCUCAACGUGCUUCAAUGCCUUUAUCGCUGGAAUUGCUCAGGUGAUGGAUUUCAACAUCAAUCUCGGAAAGCACCUUCUGCCCCUGGUGGUACAAGUUCUAAAAUACUGCACCUGCCCCCAGCUCCGCCACUUCUUCCAGCAGCCUCCACGCUGUUCCAUCUGGUCUCUGAAGCCCCACAUCCGUCAGAUGUGGCUAAAGGCUCUUCUUGUUAUCCUCUAUAAGUACCCGUACAGAGAAGAUGACCUCAGCAAGAUAGUGCUGCAUCUGAUCCACAUCACCGUCAACACCCUCAACGCCCAAUAUCACAGCUGCAAACCGCAUGCCACGGCUGGACCGCUGUACAGCGACAACAGCAACAUCAGCAGAUACAGUGAAAAGGAGAAAGGUGAGAUUGAACUGGCUGAAUAUAGAGAAUCUGGGGACAGCAUUCUACGUUGUGUGAGAGAAGACACCGCCCAGAAGAAGAGGUUACGAUCCCUGAAACAAAAGUCCCUAGACAUCGGCAACACCGACUCUUUGUUGUUCACUCUUGAUGAGCAUCGCCGGAAGUCUUGCAUCGACCGGUGCGACAUCAGCCACCCCAAUACCCAGAAAAUGAAUGACUAUGGACGCUCAAGGCAGAACUCAUCCACGAAACCUGAUAAUGAAGACAGCAAUGAGAAUCCGACAGAAAGAGAGAGCUACCAGGAAAUCAGGAGACCCGUCAUACCAGAGGUGAGGUUAAGCUGCAUGGAGACAUUUGAGGUCAAGGUGGAAUCUCCGGUAAAGCUGCCUUCACCAAGAGAAGAUUUAGACCUCAUCGAUUUGUCUUCAGAUUCAACAUCAGGGCCAGAAAAACAGUCCAUUUUAUCCACCUCUGACAGUGACUCUUUGGUCUUUGAGCCUCUACCUCCCUUGAGAAUAGUAGAAAGUGAUGAUGAAGAGUUCCAGCUCCUGAACAGUGAGAAUAUUGUGGUCUCAUCUUCCUCAACUCCCAUCAGUGCCUCAGUACUAAGCCUUAGCAUGAUGCCCCUGGUACAAGUGAGUGUGGAAGACUGUUCUAUAAGCUUUACUGCCAAGGAUUUCAGCUAUAAUCCAUCUUUGGAAGCUGACGAUAUCCCUUCUCUAGAAGAUCAAAAAGACUUGGAAGAGUUGGAGAAGCCAGGAGACUCUCAGGAGGCGUCCAUCGGGAGCCCGCUCACUCUUAAGCAGAAGCGAGACCAGCUGCGCAAGUCUUGCGCACUCACCGGGAUGUCGGUGGAUGACAGUUUUGAGGACGCAGCAGAGGAAGCCAAUUCUCCUGCAAAGAGCAUCUACCUGAAUGUGCCAGAGGCAUCUGAAAACCGGGCAGAGAGCGAUAAGCCUGAUGCUAGCACGGAAUCCGACAAAGAGCAGAAUGUGGAGCACAAGGAAGAAACAGAAGAAUCCGAGUUUAAAAUACACAUUGUCCCCAGGCAGAGAAAGCAAAGGAAGAUCGCAGUCAGCGCAAUACAGAGGGAAUACCUAGACAUAACUUUCAACAUCCUGGACAAGCUGGGAGAACAGAAAGACGCAGAGUCAGACUCUAAAGCACUCUCCAUUUUAGAGAUGCCAAGAGAAUUGUCAUCCGCACCAACCCUAGAGGCCGGGAUUCCGGAGCCCAGUAGUCGCUCUUCUCUUGCAACACAAUAUAGACAGAUGAAACGGGGUUCUCUGGGAGCGCUCGCAAUGUCGCAGCUCGCGAAGAGGCAGCUCGAGCACCAAUCCAGUGCACCCCACAAUAUCAGUACCUGGGAUCCUGAUGACCCCAAAGCUGCACAUGAGGUCCUAGGAAGCAUUUCAGAGGUGUCAAUGGGCAGGACGAGCAUUCCAUAUAUUCAGAUCGGGGCAACAAAAUCCAGCCUACUCUCGGCCCCCAGUAUCGUCAGCAUGUUUGUUCCCGCCCCUGAGGAUUUUUCAGAUGACCAGCCAACAAUAAUGUCCGAUAAGUGCCAUGACUGCGGGGCCAUUCUGGAGGAAUACGACGAGGAGACUUUAGGUCUGGCUAUAGUUGUCCUCCUGACGUUCAUUCACCUGAGUCCUGACUUGGCGGCUCCUCUGCUGCUCGAUAUUAUGCAAUCGGUGGGCAGGUUGGCGUCCAGUACAAGUUUCUCCAAUCAAGCCGAAAGCAUGCUGAUCCCAGGGAACGUGGCUGGGGUAGCGAAACAGUUCCUCCGCUGUGUAUUCCAUCAGUUGGCACCCAAUGGCAUCUUCACCCAGCUAUUCCAGAGCAAUAUCAAAGACGGAAGCUUCUUGCGGACAUUAGCUGUGGCGCUAAUGGAUUUCAAUGAACUGAGCGCCUUCGCUGCCCUCAGCCAACUGCUGGAGGGAUUAAACAAUAAAAAGAAUUUGCCUGCAGGGGGCGCCAUGCUACGCUGCUUAGAAAACAUUGCCACAUUUAUGGAGGCCUUACCCAUGGAUUCCCCCAGCAAUCUCUGGACAACUAUUUGCAAUCAGUUCCAGACUUUCUUCACCAAACUUCCUUCCGUUCUGCCCCUAAAGUGCUCCUUAGAUUCCAGUCUGCGGAUAAUGAUUUGCCUGCUGAAGAUACCAACAACCAAUGCCACCAGGAGUCUGCUGGAACCGUUCUCCAAGCUCCUCAGUUUUGUCAUCCAGAAUGGGGUCUUCACCUUGGCGUAUCUCAUCGAGCUUUGCGGUUUGUGUUACCGAGCAUUCACUAAGGAAAGGGAUAAAUUCUACUUGACCCGCAGUGUCAUCCUGGAUCUCCUACAAGCCCUGAAAUUGAAGUCUCCUCUCCCUGACACCAAUCUCCUUCUGCUGGUUCAGUUUAUUUGCACAGAUGUUGGCACCAAAUUAGCCGAGUCCACCAUAAUUCACAAGCAGAUGAUCGCAUCUCUACCUGGGUGCGGGACGGCCGCCAUGGAGUGCACGCGCCAAUACAUCGGGGAGAUUCUGGACUUCAUUGCAGAUAUGCAUACAUUAACCAAACUGAAGAGCCACAUGAAGACCUGUUCGCAGCCCUUACACGAAGACACGUUUGGCGGUCACCUUAAAGUCGGCCUGGCCCAAAUAGCUGCGAUGGAGAUAACCCGAGGAAACCACCGGGACAACAAGGCUGUCAUACGAUACCUGCCUUGGCUCUAUCAUCCGCCUUCAGCCAUGCAGCAAGGGCCUAAAGAGUUCAUCGAGUGCGUGUCACAUAUCCGCCUCCUGUCGUGGCUUCUCUUGGGGUCACUCACCCACGGUGUGGUCUGUCCAAACUCCCCCUCUCCGUGCAUCCCAAUUCCUCUAGACGCGGGCUCCCAGGUGGCCGAUCAUCUCAUCGUGAUUCUUAUCGGUUUCCCCGAACAAUCGAAGACCUCAGUGCUCCACAUGUGCUCCCUCUUCCACGCCUUCAUCUUCGCCCAGCUCUGGACGGUGUACUGUGAGCAGGCCGCCAUCGCUCCAAGUGUCCAGAACCAGAAUGAGUUCAGCUUCACGGCGAUCCUAACAGCACUGGAGUUCUGGAGCCGUGUCACUCCCAGCAUCCUACAGCUGAUGGCACACAACACUGUGAUGGUGGAGAUGGUCUGCCUGCAUCUGAUCAGCUUAUUGGAGGCUCUACAGGAAUGCAAUUCCACUGUCUUUGUAAAACUGAUACCGAUGUGGCUACCGAUGAUCCAAUCAAACAUAAAGCAUUUAUCGGCAGGGCUACAGCUCCGCCUCCAGGCGAUCCAGAACAACGCCAACCAGCAGAACCUGCGGAUACUGCAAGGAUCGGCGCAGAUCACGCACAACACGGCCGUCCUGCGGAAGUGGCUGCAGUGCACUCAGUUCAAAAUGGCUCAGGUGGAAAUCCAGUCGUCCGAAGCUGCCUCGCAAUUUUAUCCUCUGUAG